CACAAGUGCAUCUUCCCCUCGAACAAACUGCAGCACGGACUCAUUUCUCCACGCACCAGCUCUGAGUGAAUGCUCACUCAGCAGGGGUGUCUUGAGAUAUUAGCGCGCUGUGUGUGUGUGUGUGUGUGUGUGUGUGUGUGUGUGGUGGUGGUGGUGGGGGUAGAGGGGAGCAGCUCACCCACCUCCACCUUUCCCGUUCAAAGAGGCUGCAGUCAGGAGAAUGGGCAAAUCGGAAAGUCAAAUGGACAUCAUGGAGAAAUCGAGUAAACCUGGAAAACGUGGUUGGACGGGGGCAGAAAUUGGUCUGUCUGUGCUCCUGCUGCUGGUCAGCUGCGCCCUGGCCGGCCUGGUGGUCCUCUACACAUCUGCACUGAAAGGACAAUCUCAGCGCUCGACCGUGUCGCUGAGCUCAGCGGACUUGGGAGGUCAGCUGUUUCGCUCCAACCUCAACAGUGUGUGCACAACUGCAGACUGUGUCACAGCAGCGUCGCGGCUCCUGCAGAACAUGGAUGCAUCAGUGAAGCCCUGUGAUAACUUCUAUCAGUACGCCUGCGGGGGUUGGCUAGAGCGCCAUGUCAUCCCUGAGACCAGCUCGCGUCAUAGCGUCUUUGACAUUCUCAGGGACAAACUGGAGAUUGUGCUCAAAGGCGCUCUAGAGACAGAGAGAGAAGAAGACAGAGAUGCCAUCAAGAAGGCCAAAGUCCUUUACACUUCCUGCUUGAAUGAAAGUCUCAUCGAGCAGCGUGACUCUCAGCCCCUACUGAGGCUCAUCGACAUUAUCGGCGACUGGCCUGUGGCUUCUGAUGACUGGAACGCCACCUCUGAGGAAGAAUGGAGUCUCGAGGACACUCUGGCCACAAUGACGGCUCGCUUUCACAAGAAGGCUCUCCUGGACAUGUACGUGUGGACCGACGACCGGGAUUCUAAGCGCCAUAUUGUUUACAUUGACCAGCCAGGACUUGGGAUGCCAUCGCGAGAUUAUUAUUUUAACGAUGGAAACUACAAAAAGGUACGAGAGGCCUACCUCCACUUCAUGGUCUCCAUCGCCAAGAUGACCCGGGAAGACAGGAACUUGACGCAGGACAAUGAGGGUGUGUGGGAGGAAAUGAUGCAAGUGUUGGACCUGGAAACAGACGUCGCCAACGCCACAUUGCCAGCUGAGGAGCGCCAGGACGUCACCGUACUUUACAACAAGAUGACGCUGAACGAGCUGCAGAGCACAUUCGGCUUUAACGGUUUUAAUUGGACACGGUUUAUCCGAGGUGUGCUAUCCAGCGUGUCCCUCGAUGUGGAGCUGGAAGAGGAAGUGGUGGUAUACGGCUCGCCCUACCUGGACAAGAUGAACGAAGUCCUCUCCAGACACAGUGUUCGAACAAUGCAGAACUACCUCACCUGGCAGCUGGUCAUUGACCGAGUUAACAGCUUGAGUCGUCGUUUCAAAGAUGCCAGAGCCCGUUACAGGAAGACUCUGUAUGGGACAACGGUGGAGGAUGCCUGGUGGCGAGAAUGUGUUCGUUAUGUCCAGAGCAGCAUGGAGAAUGCUGUUGGUGCGCUGUACGUACGUGAAACUUUUGCUGGAGAAAGCAAACGAAUGGUCAGCGAUCUCAUCGGGAAGAUCCAGACAGCGUUUGUAGAAACACUGGAGGAGCUAAGCUGGAUGGAUGCACGCUCCAAGGAGAAGGCCAGAGAGAAGGCCAUGGCCAUCAAAGAGCAUAUUGGCUAUCCAGAUCACAUUCUGCAGAACAGUAACCAUAAAUUGGACCAAGAGUAUGCUCAUUUGAAUUUUAGCGAGGAACACUACUUCGAGAACAUCCUGGAGAAUCUCAAGUUCGAGGCCCACAAGAGUCUGAAGAAGCUCAGAGAGCCAGUGGAUCCUAACUUGUGGAUCAUUGGUGCUGCUGUGGUGAAUGCUUUUUACUCUCCCAACAGAAACCAGAUUGUGUUUCCAGCAGGCAUCCUGCAGCCACCUUUCUUCAGUAAACAUCAACAGCAGGCUCUGAACUUUGGUGGAAUCGGAAUGGUCAUCGGCCAUGAGAUCACACAUGGAUUUGAUGACAACGGGCGUAAUUUUGACAAGGACGGCAACAUGCUCAACUGGUGGAGCAAUUACUCUGCGGAGCAUUUCAAGGAGCAGUCACAGUGCAUGGUGCAGCAGUAUGGAAAGUUCAACUGGAAGCUGGCGGGUGGACAAAAUGUAAGCGGAAUCAGCACUUUAGGGGAGAACAUUGCAGACAAUGGAGGGGUUCGCCAAGCCUACAAGGCUUACCUGAAGUGGGUGGAGACUGAAGGGGAAGAGUCUCGCCUGCCCGGUCUCGACAUGGAUCACAAGCAGCUGUUCUUUCUUAACUUUGCCCAAGUUUGGUGUGGUGCUUAUCGGCCCGAAUAUGCCAGCCAGUCCAUCAAGACAGACUCUCACAGCCCAUUAGAAUACAGGGUUCUUGGUUCGCUCCAGAAUUUUGAAGCUUUCUCAGAGGCAUUCCAGUGCCAAAAAGGCAGUCCGAUGAACCCUGAGCAGAAGUGUCGUGUCUGGUAGAAGGUUUUAUACACUUCGUUUGUCGUAUUUCCUGUGACGGCAGACUGAAAGGAGACAGUGUCUUCAUGCUUGACUGUCCUGGAAGGACUUCGUUCAUUUGGGGUGACACCAAUUAUUGCAGUCACAGUUGUUGUAUUUGGAACUGGUGAUAUCUUGGGUUAGUUUCAUGGCUUGAAAGCCAACUCUCUGGCGGAUUCACGAGGCAACACUAACAUUUUGUGUAAAGCAUUUUUUUGGUUUUUCUUUUUUCUUUUUACAGGGAAUGUUCUGUGCAUCUCUAGAGCAAAUAUUUGUGAUUAACUCAUGAACAUUUUUAUUCAACCACCGUGAAGUGUACCACCGUGAGCGCUUGCCAAAGUAAUGAAAACAUUGGCAGCUACAACAGAAUUAGUUCUGCUCUGUGAGUUUGCCAAUUGACUGUUACAUGCAGUAAAUUACCUGAGACUUAAGACUUCAAUCUUUGCAGCUCUAACCUUAAAUUAACAUUCUGAGGGAGCUGCAGGUUUUAACAAUAAGUCAGCAAAUAUUUCAAAUUUGGCUUUCCAGAAGCUUUCUCUGAGUGUCUCUUUCUACUGACACGCACACUACUUGUACUUUAGAAUACAAAUAGUGAUUCUUCAGAACGUGAACUCAGUUCAAGGAACCAGUCCAACCCACAUUUGUUUGAAUUUUAACUGAUGGUUUGAGAAAUCAAUUCUGUUCAGAUGGUUAAACGUUAACCUCAUAAAACAUUUUCAUACAGUACAGGUCCCUGUGUUAUGUAGUUAAUUGUUGAUUGUCAUAUUAAAAAGUUAUGCUAGUAAUUGCUUAAAAGUAUUGUAGCAAACCGUUUUGUUUGGUCUUAGUGUCACCAAUUACACAACAAUUCUAACAAAUUGUGAAAAAAAGAACAAAAAAAUACAUCAGUGUUAGUUAGCGACAAGGGACAUCAAGUUCAUGUUUUGCUUUUAGUGUCAUCAUUAGCAUUUUACAUCUUGUCUUAUUCAUAACUGAUUCAACAAAAUAUAACAAAAAAUAUCCAAAAAACAGUUUUUGUUAGGAUUGGGAUAAGGCAUUUCUAGAUUCCUUGACUAACUUCGGUUUUUGGGCAAAUUUCGAGUCGUCCGAUCAUGGAACUGUUGAGUUCUAAGAGUCUUGUGUAAACACGUUUGGUAGCCAAUUUAUUUUUAAAUAGUGAAACAAGCGAAAUCCUGAUUGUAGCCAAGCUGUUAAAAAAAAUUAAAUAAAAAGAGACUUGCGUUUGCUAUUGCGAGUACGGCUUUUGACAAUAAUUCCCUUUUCAGUUUUAGUGUUAUAAUUAACAUUUUACUCAUUGACUCAUAAUUGCUGAUUCCAACUCAAAAGUCAACUAAAACUUGCGAAACAAAGCAUUUUUUUGCUUGCCUACUACUUUGAAAAUAGCGUAACAAGAGAGACCUAAAUUGUAGCCAAGAUUUAAAAAACAAAUGCCCACUUUUGCCUUAGCUAUUGUGAGUAGCCCUUUCACAAUAAAUUCUUUUUUUGGCUUUAGUGUCAUCAUUCUUUCCUUGUUAGCUUAUCAUACCUGACUCCUGGCAAAAAUGUCAACGGAAGUAUAAAAAAAUGAAACAUACUAUGAAAUAUGACAUGAGUCAUGUCUUGUUUCAUCGCAUUUUUUGUGAUGAUUUGGAUUAGAGGGUUCUGGAUUCAUUCUACUUUGUGGGCGUUUUUGGUCAAAUUCAGAGUCAUCAGAGUGUCCACUAAUUUUUUAUUUGUUUUUUUUAAAGACGAUUAUCGUGUUAGCCCGUCGCAGGGUUUUUGUAGCACCUUUAACAUCUUCUCUCUGCUUCCACAACAUAAUGUUACAUUUAUCAGAUGACAAGGCUACAUUUGUCAAAUUAGUACACCAACACGGACCAAUGCAGUCCCGUAGUUAAUACUGGACUCUAUGCCUUUUGGACACAAGCACUUACACAUGAACGGUAAACUGAUCAGGCAGCGGCAAGCAGAUGAACCUCACAUUGAUUUAACGGAGAUGAAAGGACGGAGAGACCUUGUGACCGUUAAUAAGACCCCGGACGAAUGGGGCUGGGACUGUUAUUUUCUAUCUUUAUUACCAAGUAAUGGCAGGAGACUCAAAGCGGAGCAUAAAAGGAGAUGGUGGGAGGGCGUAGAGUGGGGUAAUUAAUGUUGCUUCUGUGCUGUAGAGAGCUUUAAAAAAAAAAUUAAAGAAUACAUUCAGGAUGCCUUGUGACUGUUUAGUCUGAAUGUGCUAUAUUCUACAAUAGUACUAGAUAUACAUGUCUGUUAGUGUAUUUGUUUGAUGUUCUAUACAGGAUUAUUUACAUAUAGACACAUCAGGUGACAUCCACAUGGUGAAACUGUGUUGUUAUUACCAGCCAAGUACUUAUAUAUAUAUUUGCAUACACACACACACAUAGAACUAUAUAGACAGAUAGACAAUUUAGACACAGACAGAUAGAUAGAUAGAGAUAGACAGACACCUGAGAGGAAUUUAUUUAUUUAUAAAAUUGCAUUGUUGCUUUGCCAGAUUUCAAAUGUAUCUAAAAAUGUUUUAUGAAUAUUUCUGCUGUUAAUUUGACCUCUACGACUGCUAUUUUUGUGAUGCUGAUCUGUAAAGAUUGCCAAUAAAGUGAAUGUCCCAACAAGAUGAA